GGUCAUGUUUGCUAGAAAGUGGUUUGAUUUUUAUGGUUUCCUGCCCCUUGGCAUUCUUCUGUUGAGUGAGGGUGCAGUUUGCAAGCACCAUCUGAAGCAAAAUUACCAACUUGGUUUUUGUCUUGCAUGCUGCCCCUGGCCUGUGGUACAGUUGUGGGGUCACAGACCGUACACCUCUGAUCUUGAAGAGGAGCGUAGUGAUAUUUUUAGUUUCGGACUUGACGUUAGACCAUCCUCCGGUGCUUUGAUGUAUGGAAAUGGGCUGAGCUGUUUUGUCUGCUUGGAUUCGUGAUCCUACCCUUCCCUGCUGCGCCUUCUCGUCAGAACAAGUUGCAGCCAUGGGAGACGGUGGUUUUGUGAAGAAUUUCGUCGCUAGACUAAACAACAAUUCCAGUGGCCCGCCAGCUAGUUCCGUACCGGCCAGGCCGAACAGCUCAGCAGCCGUGUUUCCACCAUCGCAGUCAAAAACUGCUAGUCAGACAACUAGUGGCGUCUCCUCAGUACGCCGUGGCAGUAAGCCACAGCAUAAUUUCAGGUCGAAAGAAGACAGUGAAUCAGGAUCUGUGCCAUCGAUAACUACCCCGUCAACAGCUGUGUCAACAGCAUCCACACCAACGGUGCCUGAGCCUACAUCGUCUGCGCUGUCAACAGAAACACAGGAAGGGCCAACGCAGACGCCCAGCUGUGAACUUGCAGGUGGUUUUGUGAAGAAUUUCGUCGCUAGGCUAAACAACAAUACCAAUGGCCCGCCAGCUAGCUCCGUACCAGUCAGGCCAGCCAGUUCAGCAGCAGCGUUACCACCAUCGCAGUCGAGAACCGUUAAUCGUACUGUUAGUGUCCCCGCCUCAACAUGGCCUGGCAAAAAGUCACAGAACAGUUUCAGGUCAAGAGAAGUUGGAGACAAUUUAGAUGAGCCGGGAUAUACUCUGUCAACAACGGCGCCGGCAGCAACUGUAUCAAAGUCCACAGUGACAGCGUCAUCAUCCGCACCAACUAAAUCUCCGCCAACAAAAUCCACGACAACAGCACCUGAGAGUAAAACUUCUGUGUCGUCAACAGCCGUAAAGGAACAGGUCUCAAACAAGUCGACUACGGAGAAGUCAGCAUCAGCGCUAUCGACAAAUGCAGCGGCCAAACCGGUGCAGACGGCAACUGCAUCAACGACAUCACCCGCACCAACGAAAUCAAUUGCAGAAAAAUCCGCACCAGAAAAAUCUGCACCAGCUACAUUUGAACCAGCUAAAUCUGCACCAGCUACAUCUGCACCAGCUAAAUCUGAACCAGCUAAAUCUGCACCAGCUAAAUCCGCUUCAACAGUGCCUGAGCCUAAAACUUCUGCAUCGCCGACAGCCGUAAAGAAGGAGGUCUCAAACAAGUCGACUACGGGGAAGUCAGCAUCAGCGCUAUCGACAACUGCACCGGCCAAACCGGUGCAGACGGCAACUGCAUCAACGACAUCAACCGCACCAACGAAAUCAAUUGCAGAAAAAUCCGCACCAGAAAAAUCUGCACCAGCUACAUCUGAACCAGCUAAAUCUGCAUCAGCUACAUCUGGACCAGCUACAUCUGAACCAGCUAAAUCUGCACCAGCUAAAUCCGCUUCAACAGUGCCUGAGCCUAAAACUUCUGCAUCGCCGACAGCCGUAAAGAAGGAGGUCUCAAACAAGUCGACUACGGAGAAGUCAGCAUCAGCGCUAUCGACAACUGCACCGGCCAAACCGGUGCAGACGGCAACUGCAUCAACGACAUCACCCGCACCAACGAAAUCAAUUGCAGAAAAAUCUGCACCAGAAAAAUCUGCACCAGCUACAUCUGAACCAGCUAAACCUGCACCAGCUAAAUCCGGUUCAACAGUGCCUGAGCCUAUAAUUUCUGCAUCGCCGACAGCCGUAAAGAUGGCGAUCUGGCCAACGUUGACUUCUGGCUGUGAAUUUGCAGCUCCUCCGAUUAGACGCCGGCGGAAUAUUGAAGGUGAAAUGGAGGUGGAAGAGACGGAGACGCGAACGAAAUUCAUUGGAUUUAGUGACACCGUUACCGUCUUCGAAGAUGAUCUUGCUGGCUCUCAGCAUCUCUAUCUGUUCUUGUUCAACUGGUAACGAGCCCUAUCGUCGAGUUGCCUUGAGAAUGUUUUGCACUAAUUUGAACCGACUUCAUGUGGCGGUCGCUCUUGAUGUACAUAUAUCUCUCCUGACUGUAUUUGUUUCUCCUCAAGUUUCCCAUUCCCAUUCGUUCCUACGCAGAUGAUAAUUAUACUGCGUGCUAUUAUUUAUGAUACUACUCACCGCUGCUGAGAUGGCGAAGCCCACCCGAUUGUGUGACAACACUCUGUCCCACUCCCCCUUCUUCCCUUCUUUCUCUGUCUGAUCACUUGUGUUCCUCUAUUGUAUUGUUAGCCUUGUUAUCUUGUCGUUGUAUUUCACUUUUCUUCCCGGACACUGCGGCUCUAACUGGUCUUGUAGUUCUACGCUGUGUCACUCA